AUGGUCGAGAUCAAGUCGAUUCGAGAAACAGAAGAGUCAACCUUUGAUCAAGCAUAUACGCUUGCAUUGUACGGAGAGCAACAGACAUAUCAUGUCCACAGCUAUCUGGUGGACACGAAUAGCCCACGCCACACUCUGCGAGAAACAGUGAAAAAGCUGCGUGGAGUUCCCGGCAGCAAGCGACUGGGUAUGCUGUCCCAAUGCCCGGAGAUGUGGCCAGUUUUCCAAAAGUUCGAUGGCCAAUGCAUCAAUCGACGGCUGAACUGGGAAUUGUUCGGGAGUUACAAGUCACCAGAUAGCGAGAGCCCUAUUGGUAUUCCAAUCGGCAGCUUGACAAGAGGGUUUUCUCUUACGCCGCAUCACCCAGACAGACUUCCAGCUGGGUACCAACUUCCCACUCUGAGCGUAGUUGACGGGUAUCUUCUGGUCGAUGACGAGGUACAGCUCCGAAGUACAUAUGACCCUCGCGGGAGAUGCUUCCGAUGGUCUCGGGAGCUCCAGAAACAAAACUUAUUUGAGCAUGGUGCAGUGCAAAUCAAUUCCAAGGCAGUAUCCGGUACGGGCGUGAUCUAUCUUUCCUCCGAGGCAGAAUCGCAGACAAUGCCUUCCCGAGAACAGGUUCACCCAUUCAAAGCCCAUGCCCGAAGCUUGGAAGAACUGCCUACUACCAAAGAAGAUCCAGCUGAUGGAUGGAAUCACGUCAGUAACUGGGAGUUGACUCUAGACCGAAGUGUUUGGCCUCCACCCGCAGAGGGAGAAGAUGACAACCCCCCAGAUGAGCCACAAGAUCCAGUAGAUGGAGGAAUCAUUGAUGAAGGCUACUGGACAGGGACAGGGGGGAUCAAGACCCACUCAGUGCGACUUGCUGUGGUUGAUCAGCUCCGGGACCAGAUUAACAAAAAUUUUAAUCAGAACCUAGGGGCUUUCUACAAGGUGUUCUCUACUCUGAAAGACGGCAAGAAUACCUUUACUGUGGUGUUUAGCCGGGCACCAUUUGUUCCUUUUGUCUCGGACUCUAAUACCGGGCUUGAUAUCAAGAAAAGAUUCCAGGUUGGGUUUGACGCUGACCUGGGCACGGAUGUGACCUUACCAGCACUCUACCAGCAGAUGACAUUUACAAUCAAUGGCUUGCGCACAAAACUUACGGGGCAUUUUUUUGAAUAUGACCCUACCAAACGAGGAUACAAGGGUGAUCGACACUUUGUAUCGGGAAAAAUCAAAAAGUCGUCAGCAGUCGAAGCCUGUCGAUCAAAGAUCUCGCAUGCCUACUCUUCUGUAUCCAAGCCCGGUGUGGCUACCUCGUUGAAUGAGAGGCCUCAACCAGCUCCAGUCACAAAGGGCUUGCUCGGUAACACGGAGCCUGACCUCGAGGAUCUGUAUGACUUUGUGGGAUACACCGAGGUGGAGGACUUUUUCAAGGAUAAAUAUGCGCCUGCCUUUAUCUGUCGCUAUGUGGGCCGAACACAAAAAUACUCGAGCUCGUUCACGAAGCAAGAGAUGAGGAAUCUCUGGUACUGGUGGGAAGGCAGUGGCCCCAACAGUCUCUCCCAGAGUGAACAUUACAAUGAUAUCAACCGCCUGGGCUCAAGAGUGGCAAUGCAGCAACUAUACCAGACGCAGCUGGAACCAUAUAUGAAUGACCACCCAGAACAAUGGGCGCAGGACCUACACGAUGCGAUUGUCGGCAAUCCUGCGAUCAUAGAUGACUGGGUGCAAAAGCCAGUCGAGGGUGGUAUCAAUAAAGUCAACAAGCAAUGUAACAUCUUAGAUGCGCUGAGUCCGUCGGUUAAAUGGGCCCAGGAAGUGUUUGACGUGUUCAUGGCUGCUGUAGUAGACCAAGGGGCAGGAUCGGCAAAUAUCGACGACGAUGAUCAGGACCAAAAAUAUCAAUGGAUCCAUGACUCCAUGCACGACUUUAUUGUGGCCGUGUUGAAUGGUGCUGACUGGGUGACUGGCAAAAUAGAGGAGUCCUUGAAGGAAGAUAUCCUCGAGUUUGAGAAGGAACACGGAUUGAACCAGCAGGCAGAUGCAGAGCAACGGGCAGGGGCUAUCCUGGAGAAAAGCUCUAUCUUCAUGAGAGAGAUGGCAAGCUGGAUAUCCACUAUCGGUAAAGGCUUACAGGCUGCUUUUGGAGGCGCUGCGCUAUUCAAAUGGGCCGGCGAGGCCAUUGACAAGAUCAUCGAUGAUAUUGGGGACAAAGGAAUGAACAGGCUGAAAGGGAUUGGGAGCAUCUGCAUGGUCGGGGUUAGUAUUGUAACUGCCACGGUGAGCCUUUACAGCCUGGUGAAGAACUGGGACAGCACUUCCGAUGCUGCCAAAGCAACGGUUAUCAUCGAAGUCAUUGGAAUGGUGGUGGAUGCAGCCGAAAAGGGGUUUGAUGCCUUCAAAGCCUUUAAGUCCGGGCCUGCCACCACAGUGGAGGACCAGGUCAAUAUGGAAGUUCUGAACGACAAACUGUCCGAGGUGAUAUCAGAGAAUGGCGAGAAGUUUGGGGAGAUUGCCCAGGAAAUCACUGGCGAGGAGGACUACCGAACGGUGAUUGGCGAUAAUCUGCAGGGCGAAGGAAUCCCAACCGAGUUUUCGGGCGAGGAAAUCUGGAACGAAGAGCUUUCGAGUGUCGCCGAGGAUGUUCCACCGGGAUAUGAAGACGUGGCUAAGAAGUUUAACAUCUCUGGCAGCCUGCUGCGCAUCCUGAACGCUAUUCUGGGAAUAGGUCUGGUGGUGGCCAUGUCAUUUUCACUGGCCAACGAUUGGAGCUCGCUCUCAGACACCGGCAAGGUUCUCGGGGUGUUAAAUGUAAUUGUCCAGGGAUUGACGGUGCUGCUGGAUGUCAUCGACGUCGGUGCCGAACUGGGACUGUAUGUCGUGACCGGGACGAUGAGUGUGGCCCUGCCUAUCCUAGGCGCGGUUUUAGCUGUCAUUGGGGUCAUUCUUAUGCUGGUGCAGUUCUUUAUCAACCUCUUCACUGGCAAACAAGACCCUCCUGAUCCAAUCAAGGACUUCAUCAACGACGUGGCUCACAAGCUCAUUGCAACCUUCGAUAAAGCCCCCGAGCCCCAGCUCACCUACACUCUUAAUAACGACAAACCCAGCGCCGGUGGUGUUACCACCCUAACCAUUGAGGCCGUCAAUAACUCCUCCAGCGACGUGACCCUAUCUCACACCACCAUCUCGCUAUACUCUGGCGACGACGACGUCUGUCUAUUCCGGAACGGCGCAGACGAGACUGAUUUGAUACAGCUCGUGGAGGAAACCGAUGCUAACGCAAAGGACGACGGCCAUACAUAUCUCACUCCAAGCACCGUCACCGUGGGCCAGUUGCCGCCUCCAUCCAAGCUGGGAAACACCUCGGCCUACUACCAGUACAAUCUCCAGGCUGCGGGCCCACCAGCAGAGAAGUCCAAGAGUCUCCAGCAUCUCAUUUUGAAGAAGGGAGAGAGGUUAAAGUCCAUUUGGACGGGUAAAGUUAACGGAAAGGGCGAAGAUGAGGAACGCUCCACCAGCUGGAUUGAGCUGGUUGAGGUCGGGCUGAAGGAUAAGUGUCAGAUUCAGUUUAUGUUGACUCGGGUUUGA